UUGUAAAUGCAUGGAUCACAGUCUUCCAGGUCAUCACCCUUAUAGGUUGGACGGAUAUUAUGUACCUCGUGAUGGACACUCAUUCCAUCUGGAGUAUUAUACCGUUUAUACUUAUGACUGCUGUAAGUACCAACUGGUCUUUAUGUUUUGGUACAAAAUCAUAAUUCCUCAAAGUUUUAUAAAAUAAAAUAAAAUGUUGAAUGACUUCAUGAAUAAAUAAAAACAAAUGUUUAAACAAAGAAAUUGAGUCCCUGUGAAUAUAUAUUGCAGUUAAAAAUCUAUAAUAUUUACUUAUUAAUGUAACAAAGUUGGAAAUUCUCUGAGCUAGUGUUUUGUCCCUUAAUAAAUUUAGUUCAGUUCAUGUUUUAAUUUUUACUUUCCUCAUCAGGUGGGCUCAUUCAUUUUGAUGAAUGUUGCUACUGUCGUCAUCGCCUCCCAUUUCUCAGAGGCCAUGAAAAAAGGAAGGAAAAAGGUGUUUGGGUCUGUGAUCAUCUUCAAAGUCCGAUUCUACAAGGUCAUCAAGCUGCUGGCUCGAUUCGUAAAAAGUUUGAUUAGAUGGCCAUCCUGGACUGGCGAAGAGAACUGGGGAAAUAUGUCACUGCUUGAGUACUCACCUGGUCUGCUUGGGAAAAUUAAGCGAAUGGUGGAGGGCAGUUGCUUUCAAAAUACAAUCUCAGUUUUAAUUGUCCUUAAUGUUAUCGAAAUGGCUGUUGACCACCAUGAUCAGCCUCAGGAAAUGACGAGAGUAUUAGGAGUGUGUAACUUAAUGUUCACAGUGUUGUUCACAAUUGAGAUGAUCUUAAAUAUCCUGGCAUUCCAACUGCAGUACUUUGUAAAUCAAACAAACCUCUUCGACUUCACCAUGGUCAUCAUCAGUGUUUGGGAGGAAUUGUCACACACUAACUGCAGGCUGUCGGUUCUGCGAGCACUUCGUGUGCUGCGCUGUGUGAAGCUUCGCUUCAUGCCCAAGCUGAGGAAACAGCUUAGAGUCCUUUGGAAGUCAAUGAAAGAUGUGUCCACGCUCUGCUGGCUCAUGCUAUUUUUCAUUUUUUUCUUUAGUGUGAUGGGGAUGCACCUGUUUGGCUGUAAAAUG